UGGGAAGCUUUGAGACCAUUCUUCCUCUCAAAGGGGUAUGAUCUAUACACCUCUCGUGGGUCGAGAGGCCUUUUCCCUCGUAUAAACGACAGUCCGGCACUAGAUAGUUUUGGGCUCUACGGAGACCGAUCUAAUUUUGUCCCGGUGUAUACUCCAUGUAGCAUUUGCCAUUACUCACCGAAAACCUACAGGAAGAACCGAGAUGUCGUCAUCAAACCCGUGAGCUGGGGCUCAGAAGAGACGCAAGAGCUGCGGAUAUUAAGAUAUCUCAAUUCCGAUCCCAUCCGAGCGAAUCCUGCUAAUGCCACUGUCCCCGUGAUUGAUAUAUUGGAACACUCUGCCUGGACCUUCGCUGUCAUGCCUUUCUGGGGUGACUGCGAUAGGCCCGAGUUCGCAACUGCCGGUGAAGCACUAGAGUGGGCGUCCCAACUGAUAGGGGAUAUAUCCCAUGAAAACGUCCAGAUGAACUUCUACGGAACUAUUCCACCUGACACAGAAAGACCAGCAUUCCGCUCGGAUUUCCCUGUAAAAUAUGCACUGAUUGACUUCGGAUCAUCCGUUCAAUUUCCUCCAGAUACUCUGGCCCAGGAACGCCGGGGUUACUGGGUCGUCGGACGAGAACAGAGGGCGCCGGAGACUAAACGGAAAAGGCCGUUUGAUCCCUUUGCUGCGGAUGUAUAUCAAACAGGCCGUACUAUCUACGGCUGGAUUAAGGUGAAAUUUCUUACGACUCACAUAUUAUUGCAGGGAUUCGUUGACCAAGUCCCGAGCCUCCUUGGUCUUCUUCAAGAUAUGACGCGUGCCAGGGCGAGGAAUCGGAUGUCCGCCCCCGAGGCGCAUGAGCGCAUCCUCGCUAUACAGGCUUCUACGCCAGAGAGUGUGAAGCUACAACGCCUCACUGAUAAAAGGCUGGGCUGUUAUGACGAGGUCGUCCCUGGGCGUACAGCAGCCUACAUCUAUGGCACGUCACCAUACUGA